AUGUGGAGUCCAGACGUAAACAUGAUAGUCCAGUCGUUUGAGAAAUCAACAUUUGCAAUGAAAUGUAUUGUGUACUCCGUUGCUACGCUGCUGAUUUCUGUACUUUUUGUGGUUUCUGCUGUUGAGGAUACUGUACCACACAGGACAUCCAAUGAUUUAUACUUGGACCCCUGCAAAGCAGCGGGUUUCUGGGGAGAUAUAGCCUUGUCAGACGCGGAGUACAGAGCUGCUAAGAAGAUGCUUCAGAAUCAGAUGAAGAAUAACACGGACUCAUCUUCUCUAAUGGAGCUACAAGUAGAUGAUCCAGGCACACAUAGCAACACAGAUGCAAUUGGCCAUUACAAAAAUAGAGAAGAAUACAAAAGACAACUUCAAUCAGACAGGAAUUAUUUGAAAAAGAUCUUGAAGGAAAAGGCCGCAACGUUAAAAUCUCCCUGCGAACAGCA